AUGACAACUGAAAAAGCAGCAGCUACUGCUCCACAACAACAACAGCAACAACAACAAGUACAAUAUGUAUUGAUGCAGAGAAACUAUGAUAAGGAAGGAAAGAAAUUGGUUGGAAGAGAAGUUGAAAGACAUCCAUUGAAUACAGUGACCGCGCCAAGCACUGCCAGUGCAACUACCAAGACACAACAAUUGACUAGUUCAAUGAAGGAGAUGAGUGUUGCUGGUAGCACACCGGUCACCAAUGACGAUCCAUUGGCUGCCGAUCCACUCUCAAAGGCUGCCAAUGAAGCCAAGGUAAACGAUCCAUUGGCAUCGUCAAUCGCUGCAAUGGGUGGUCUCAACACCAUUAAAAACAGUUCACAGAAGGCUCAAUACUACGACGACAGCUACAUCCCAUGGGCAACAAUGAAACCCGGUAUCUUACAACAAUACACCACCGAUGAAUCUUUACCAAUUCAAGUUUCAUUCAUGUCAACAGGUACUUCUGGAAAAGUAAAGAUUUCACUCAAUAGAUUGAAUAAGAUUCUAGAGGAAUUGGAACAGGACAAAGAAGAGAAACAAACUACACAACUAACUCAACCAGAUAUUAUUAUGGAUUUAGAGACUUUAUAUUCAGAGUUGAUCAAAGCAUGGAAUGCUGAAGAACGUGUUCGUUCGCUAAAGAUUGCUAUUCAAACUGCAAAGAUAUUAAAUGAUACAUCAUUAAUUAAAUUCUAUCCAAGUAAAUGGGUGAUUGCAACAGAGAUAUUGGAUACAUUUGGUAAUAUGGUGUAUGAGAGAAUACAAUCACGUAUUAAAUCCAGUCAGGAUAAAGAUCCAACCAAGCGUAAUGAACAUAUCUAUAUCGAUCAGGCAAAGGAGACCUGUAGAAAUUGGUUCUAUAAGAUUGCCUCGAUUCGUGAGCUUCUCCCACGUCUCUACAUUGAGAUUGCCAUCCUGCGUUGCUACGAGUUCAUCGAGGGCGAUCCAAACACCGCACCCCAAGAGGUAGUCACCAGAAUCAACCAGAUGAUUCGCGGUAUCGGUAAUCCGCUCGUUGCCAACUAUAUCCGUGCGUAUCUGGUGCGUCGUGCUCACGAUUUGUGUCCGGCUUUCAAGUCGUUCAUCAUCACCGGUCUCAAAGACUUUGUAUUCACACAGCGACUCUACGAGAAGUCAAAGUAUCUCGAGCAGACACUCCAGACCUAUCGUAUCACACUGACCGAGUAUCUCGGACUGUACAGUCCCUCGCUGGAAUGGGUACUCCAGUGUCUCAGUCACAACGGAAAGCAAGAGGUGCUCGAGGAGGUACUCGGCAUCUUCCGUGAAUCAAAGAACUCGUUGCUCUUGAACCACAUCAUCAGUUCGUUCCCACCCGACUACAUCUGCAACAACUCCACCAUGUUUAGUAACUUUAUCAAAGAGGCCGACUCUUUCUCCUAUCCAAAAUGUCAGCUUUACAGCACAUUCGGUGUCAACCUCGUACUUGGACACCCACCCAAAACACAGGUACUGACCAUCCUCAACGAUGUCUGGAAGGUUGUCUCCUACUUUGAAUCACUCAAAGAUUAUAUCAUGGUUGCCGAAGUAUUCAUUGAAUAUGUAUUAACUCAUUGUACUAUAAAAGAAACCGAUACAUUUUUAAAGGAUAUUCUUAGACAUAUUAUCCCAGAUAAGGCAUAUGAGACAAUUCAAUCACAUCUACAAUCGAUUGUACUAAAGAUUCUUACUCAUAUUCAAGAUUUCAAUGUUUUGGUUGGACUUACCAACUUUUUACCAUUACUCGAUCUUUUCAAUGGUGAAUCUCAAAAACAAAUUAGUAGAUCUACAUUAGAAGCUUUAUCAAGUUCAAAUACAUCAAUCUCUGAUCCAAUUUUAAUAAAUAUCUUUUUAACAUAUGGUAAAGCACUACAUGAUUCACUCAACAGUCUUUCCUACCAAGAUGAAAUCAGACAAGUUACUCAAAUCGUUAAUAAUUGUAUUAAUAAGUUUGAUUUCGGUAAAGAUGUAGAGAAACAAUUAAACUUUUAUGUAGAUUGCAGACAAACAUUUAUUAAUUUCGAUGGUGUCAAGAAUCGUUUGAUUUAUGGUGUAUUGUUGAUUUGUCAAAAGACACUGUUGCUCGUACGUGGUAAGCACACCUCAAAGACAUCGGCAUUCAUUCGUGCUUGUAUUUCCUAUUGUUACAUUACUAUUCCAACUAUCGAAGAUGUCUUUAUGAAGAUGAAUCUCUAUUUCCAAUCGGCAUCGGUAGCUUUCCAGAACCAAGCACUCUCACAGGCCGACUCACUCUUGAAGGCUGCCAUCACUUUGAUCCAAGAGAUUCCAGCGAUCACCGAGUUCCGUCAAGUUAAAUCCACCGAAGAUUGGACCGUCGCUUACCUGUCUGAAUUCAUCUCAUUGUUGGUCGUUGCACCAGGUCAUCCAGAGGCAGGACCAUUCUACUUGAUCAAGGCACUCCACAAGGUGAUCAAGGACUACCAAUGGGAGCGUGCCACCACCGGAAAGGCUAGAGUACUCAUCCAAAUGAUGAAUCUCUGUUCCGCGUGGGCACAAAACUCACUACCAUACCACAUCGAACGUGUAGAGUCCAACGACGAGUUGUUUGCCUCCGAUCCAGAUUUCGUCAGUGAACUCAACGAAUUCUAUGGACUUCUCAUUAAAGAAGUCUUGGCCGAACUCAAUAUUCUCAAAGAUGAAAUCGAUCCAUCAACUCAAAAGAAGAUGGUUUUUGUAUGUCUUGAUUUAAUUAGUGUUACAUUGAAUAUCGCUGAAUUGAACUCAAAGACUGCCUCUUUGAUCUUUAAUUUGUAUAGUUUAGCCAAAAAGUCAAUUCCAACAUCAUCAUACUCUGAAUUGACCUACUUGAAGAACACCCUCAACUACAUUGGAACUUUAAAUAGCUCUAAAUUAGCAGGUGAUCUCUACAACAAAUUAAAUUCCAUUGCCUAA